CACGGUUGACAUUUGGGCUCCAGCGCGGGCGGGCCUCGCUGGAGUGCAUGAUAGUCGCUGGUGGGCACGCGCGGGCGGGGCGCGGGGGGAACUAGGCGGAAACUCGGCAAAAACUGGCGGGGAAUUCGCGCAAAACUUGCGUGAAACUCGCGGAUGCUUCAGGUUACUUUCAUCGCCGUGCGCAGCGCGCGAUAGGUGUCGGGGCUCAGGUCCUCCUGCAGCUGCUUCGCAGGCAGCCAUUCCGCUUUAGGGAACCCGCCUUUUACUAAGAACUGUAGCUUGCCACCAGCGUACUUGCUCGCCUCGGAGCGUGAUACCUCCCCUGGGCCGUGACGUAAACUCCACAACCAACAUCCGGCACGCACUGGUGGAGAUGCUGCUGGGGCACGUGCGGCCUGCAUCGCUACAGCCUGGUGGUGGCGGCGGCGAUGGCGGUGCAGCGGCCGGUGGCACAGCGGCAGCACGGCAACAGUGGCGCCUGCGCGCAUGUUGCUAAUGGAGGGGGCGGGGAAGGCCACAUGGAGGAGAGCGCAGCACCGCCCGACUGCCCGAGAAGCAGCGCAGCUGAGGGGCCCACCGGUGUUAGGUAGUGGUCCGCAGCAGGGCGAGCAGGGCAUGCGUGGCUGGCGGCAGCAGCAUGAUAAGAAGUGCGGCUGUUGAUAACUGUGCUGUCUUCUGACUGGCUCUGCGGUGGGGAUGUGACUGCUGAGCACCGUGUUUGGCUGUGUGCCUGUACAGACCGACCCCGGCUAUGUCCGGGUGAUGAGGAGCAUCGGCCUCAGAGAGUGGAGGGCCUCAGCCCCUUUUCCCGUGACAGGGGAACACUUGUCAAUUGGGGCUCAGCAGUCACAUCCACGUCAUAAAUACCUCGCAUGUCGCAUUUGCAUUUUAGCACCCAACCGUAAUA